AUUGAGGCAACGCAGAAUCAAAGAAAGGGAGUAAUUAAAAUAGUUUGUAAUACAUGGCGCAUGUUUUAGUUUGACAAGUAAAGAUUAAAAAAAAUCAUGUUUUCCUCUAGGUUUAUAGAAAUAAUUUUAUUGUUUAUCAUACUGAAUAAGUGCUACACUAAACAACCUCUAAAUAGUUUUAUUCGCCAUCACGAAAAGAUUACAUAUGAUACUGAAGAUGUUCAUCGAAGAUCCAGAAGAGCCCUUGAACUUUCUCCUUACGCAAACGUGCAUUUAAAAUUUAAUGCUUUUAAUAGAAAUUUUACAUUGCACAUGAGAAGAAACCACGAAAUUUUUGCAUCCGAUUUUAAGAUUGUUGAUGGAUUAGGAAAUAAGGUUGACUAUGAUUAUUCAAGAUUUUUUCAAGGAGAGGUAGAAGGCUUUCACCAAGGAAAGAGCCACGUCUUAGGGAAAAUCGAUGAUGGUCGUUUUGAAGGAAAAAUACAUUUAGGUAAAGAUGAAUAUUAUAUUGAACCUGCAGAGAAGUAUUUCAAUGAUGAAACUGAUAGCUCAUUUCAUUCUGUGAUGUACAAUUUAAAUGAUGUUGAACAUGAAAGAAAAUUUGUUAAUCCUCCUAUACCAUCUCGACCAACAUCAUUUGAAGGAAAUGGUUUAGAAAAUAAAAUGAAGGAAGAUUUAGAUAAAGGAAAACAACGUUUCAGAAGAGGAACUAAAAAUCGCAGAAUGAAUACAUGUAAUCUUAAAUUAGUUGCUGAUCAUUUAUUUAUGAAAAAAUAUGUGCGUCGAGAACAAGCAAUUGAUCAAAUGGUUCUUCAUUAUCAGGCAGUUGAAUAUAUUUUUCGCAACCAAACUUUUAAUACAACAGAUCAACUAGAUAGUAGUUAUAGCCCAGAAGGUAUUGGUUUUCGAAUAAAAGAGGUACACGUAUGGUUAGAAAACACAGUUCCUCCUGCAAUAAAACCAAGAUUUGUAACUGCAUAUGAACUUCUGGAACAAUUUUCGCGAAUGAACCAUAGUUCUGUAUGUCUUGCAUAUUUGUUUACUGAUAGGUCAUUUGAGGAUGGUGUAUUAGGUUUAUCAUGGAUUGCAUAUCAGUAUGGUCAACCUGGUGGAAUAUGUGAUCCCUAUGCUAACUAUGGUGGUAUUUGGAAAACAUACAAUACUGGUCUAGUCACUGUUCAGUUAUAUAAUCGGGAGGCUCCUAUGGCUAUAACUGAGAUAUCAUUUGCUCAUGAGCUAGGACAUUCUUUUGGAGCUCAGCAUGAUCCUGCAAAUAAAGAUUGUCAACCUGGUAUAGAAAGAGGAGGCAAUUUCAUUAUGUAUGACAAAUCCACUUCUGGUUAUUUGAAGAACAAUAAAUUAUUUUCAAGGUGUAGCAUUGCUAGAAUGAUCCCAGUCAUAAAUGCAAAAGGUCUUGAACCAACUAUUGGCUGCUUUACAGAUCGCUAUUGGGCAAUUUGUGGUAAUGGUGCUUUUGAGGAAGGUGAAAUUUGUGAUUGUGGAACAGAAUCAACUUGUGUAGAAAAAUGUUGUACUCCAUAUGGGGCAAAAUAUGGCACACCAUGUACAUUUCGUAAUCCUGCUUAUCAGUGUAGUCCAAGCAAAGGACCUUGCUGUCUUAAUGAAACUUGUACUAUUGCACGCCAAUAUCUUCAAUGUUUUGAUGGUACUGAAUGUAUGGAAAGCUUGGUAUGUAAUGGUCUACAUUAUACUUGUCCACUACCAAAGUUCAAAGCUAAUCUUACAUUAUGUGACAAGGAACGAAGUGUUUGCAUUAAUGGUUUUUGUCAAGGAUCUCUCUGUCUUAGAUAUGGUUUAGAAGGAUGCAUGUGUGAUGCAGCCGAGGAUAAAUGUAAAGUUUGCUGUCAAUACAAUGGAAAAUGUACAUCAUCUUAUAAAAUUGACUUCAUGCCAAAUAAAACACUUUCUCGUGGAAUGCCUUGCAAUUAUUAUAAAGGUUAUUGUAACUCACAAGCUGUAUGUGAAGAUAUUGAUAUGGAUGGCCCUAUGAGAAUGUUGUAUGCUACAUUUUUUACUGAGGAAGGUAUCAAGUUUUGGUUUCGUCGAUAUUGGUUUGUUAUUAUUCUUGCUUCAUUGUUAAUUCUUUGCGUGUUGACAGCCUUUGUUUAUUACUGCCAAAGUUUUACUCCAUCAGAUAACCCAUAUAUUGAGAAUAAAAAAGUUCAUAAGCCUCUCACAAAAAAAAGAAGGCAAGCUCAAGGACCUGGUCGAUAUCAGGGAGGUGGUGGUAAACCUAUACCUAUGUCAUCUACAUAUGCAUAAAAUGGCGACGUGAUAAAGUCUAUUUUGUCAAGCUGCAAUUUUUAUGAGAUCAUUUUUGCACCUUAACAUAGUUCUAGAAAUU